CCGCGCCAGUCCGCCGCGCGCCCUCCAGCCCGACACCCGACUGCCGAGAGCCGACCGAGCGCCGCCCGCCGUCACCUCCGCACAGCGGACUUCUCGACUGAUGUCCUCGUCACCGCGCGCACACGUUGGCGAGCUUGCGACCCUCGUGCGCUCUGUCGAAGCGCGAUUCCUAGGCGAUGCAUCCUCUGAGGCCUCUGCUGAAAACGCCGAGGACUUUGAACUCGAAGAUUGUAAGAUAAGACGGAACUAUUGUUGCACCAAGUGCAAGUUCUAUACGCAGAACCCGAGGGCUUAUCUCUAUCACACUCGCGACGUUCACUUUGAGAAGUUUAAAAUUCAUGAAUGUCCUCAUUGCGUCUACGCUUCUAGGCAUCAGCAAAAACUCUCGAGGCACAUAAGACUCAUUCACGAUACGUCUGCGGAUCUAAAGAUUGAAGCCAACGUACCGGACAGGGUGAAAUUUGAUAAUGCGGACGAAAUGUUGGACGAAGUCGAUUACAUUGAUGAAAAUAUGCCAAUCGAUGUACUGAGUUACCACGACGUCAAGGUCGAAGGUGUUGAGUUGAACAAUGAUGACAACUCAAACGGUGAAGUGAAUCCGAAGGGAAAAUUUUACACCUGCAAUAAGUGUAAUUACGUGACACAUUUAAAAGCGAGAUAUGCAAAACAUUUGAGCAAUCAUUCCUUGCCAAUGAUUAAGUGUACCGUGUGUGACUUCCGUACGCCAUAUAAGUGGAGUUUGGAUCGCCACAUGAAAAAUCACGGUGGGAAGGGGAAUUUUCGUUGCGCUGUAUGUAAUUUUACGACGGACAUCCGACAGAGUAUGACAGUUCACGAGGUGAAUCAUCACACGCCGUCCGUAGGAAAUCGGGGGUCGAUUCGAUGUCGUUAUAAAGUGGGCGGCACUAAUUUGAACGAUUUGGACAGCGCGGAUGAGAACUCUCUGAUUUUGAAGGAGGAAGAGAGUGACUCGCAAUCGUCGCAGUGUGCUUCAUUGGACAUGGGAGUGGAAUAUAAUGAUAAAGACAUGAUUAACUGUAACAGCGAUUCAAAUGAAGCAACUACACCGGAGAUGCAGUUACAAUAUAGUAACCAAUCAGAUGAUUCAAAAAAGCAUAGUAAAAAGGCACCGAGGCCAAUACCUCAACUUAUACCCUUGAGUUGUUCAACACCUAGCCAAAAUAAACCUAUGACAGGAGAGCCACCAGCAAAAAAAUUUAAAGAAGAUAAUUCAUUUGAUACAGAUACAAUUAAACAGAAAUAUUCAUCAUUGGACAUAUCUAUAACAUCGUAUAUACCAAAGGAGUCAACAAACCGUAAGAAAAAUGAAUCAUUUUUUGACAGGCUUAAAGAAAGAAUAUUAACAGAAACUGGAGAAGAAGGAUCUUUAAAAUGUAAAAAAUGUGGAUUUGAAAGCAAAUGUUUAUCAGAAUAUUCAGUUCAUGAGAAAAACUGCAUGUCACAAUGUAGCCGAUCUAAUACAUUGCCAUCCACAUUAGGAUCAACGCGUUGUCAGAACUGUAGACACCGAUGUAAAUCCAGCGCUGAUCUCGUAGUACAUUUAAAAUCGUGUAUAAAAUCGGAUCCAGAAGCACAAGUGGUGGAAUCGCAAAAAUGUAAUGGAGAUAAAACUACGAUAACACUAAUAGAUAAAGAUGUGGGUCCACAUCCGAUGGAAAACGUUGUAUUUGUUUGGAAUAAUAUUAACAGAGAAGAAAACAAAUUUGAUACUCCUCUUGAUAUAAAUAUCACUGAUGAUUCCACACUUCCUGAAAGUAAGCUUUUUGAUUCUGAAAUUGUUGAUGAUGGAGAUGGUAUGAAUUUGUCACCAAGUCAAGCCGUUGGUAAAAAAGUUUUCAAGUGUCCGCAUUGUUUAUUUUGGGCAUCAACUGCAUCAAGAUUCCAUGUUCACAUAGUGGCUCAUUUGAAUAGAAAACCUUUUGAAUGCUCUUUGUGCAAAUAUAAAUCCAAUUGGCGUUGGGAUAUCACCAAGCAUAUUAAAUUAAAGUCAGCUAGAGAUCCUGAACACGCCGAAGCUAAAGUUCUUAUGACAGACGAAACGGGAAGGCGUAAUUAUAUUAAAUAUAAUAAGUACUUAGCUGUGUCAAUUUUAAACGAUAAAGGAGAAAAUGAAUUUCAUUACAUCGACCCAAACGCACCAAUGGAUGCAAAUUUGGAUGAGGAUACAUUGCCUGAUGCUGGAAAUGAUACAAUGAACUAUGAUAUCCCACUGAACUUACAAACACAGCAAAAUUAUAACAAAAUAGAUUUGGACAUGAAUACAAAAAAAGUGAAAAAGACGAUAUGGAAAUGUAAAAAGUGCAAUUACAAAGAUUCAUCCAAGGAAGCUCUCAUAGAACAUGUUCGAGAACAUACUAAAGGGGAUGACGGUUCAAGUGAGUUAAAAUCAGAACUUAAUAAGAAAUUGGAAAAUACUGUUGACCCUGCGGACUUAGCUUAUCGGUGUGGGCAUUGCAACCAAUUAUCUAACUGGAAACAUGUUAUACAAAGACACUGCCGUUUGAAACACGAUGGCAUUAUAAAUGUGAUCACUACAGUAAAACCCAAAUAUGAACCAGGAUCUACCAAUGACAUCGUUGGAGACAUGUGUCCUAAAUGUCCAUUUAAAUCCAAUGAAAAAAGUUCACUUGUCUCGCAUAUGCAGAAUCACCAACCAUCGCGCCAUUCUAUAUUUAAAUGUUAUUUUUGUCCUUAUUUCGUAAAAGAUGAGCAAGAAUUAAUACAACAUCUUGUUUUACAUGGGGUUAAUGAUCCCGAAGAAUAUAUUUCUAAAGCAAUGGGAAGUAAAUCACCGCUUCCCGAUCAAAUUAACUCUCAAUUCAGAUUUAGCAUAUCGGCAACAUUUAAGCGACAUAAGUGUACGGAGUGUCCUUACGAAACAAAUAGUAAAUCUCAAUUUAUGUAUCAUGAACAAUUUCAUCGUCUGCCAGCAGAUACGCCAUACAAAUGUCCAGAAUGCAAUUACAGUGUUUCGAAAAGGCAUCUACUCCAACAACAUUUACGAGUCCAUGGUAUAUUUCCCAACAAGGAAGAUGGAGAUUUUGAUCCAAUUACGAACUCCAAUGAAUCAGAGAUGACUAGCGAGGUGGACGAAAUACCCUUUGUUUGGGUUUCCGCAAAAGAUGAAUUUCAUAAAAUGUACAAGUGUCGCUAUUGCUCGUAUGUUAAUGCUAAAGAGUGUAAAAUUCCAAAUCACGAACAAAUACAUUGCAUUGUUUUUGAAAACAGUGAUAUUACAAUAUUUAAAUGUUUAGAGUGCAAAUUUACGUGUGAUAGUAAAUCCAGAUUAGCUGAUCAUUCCAAAACGCACGGGGAAAUAUACGGACGAAUAUAUUGUCCGGUUGAAUUUGAUGUACCAGAUGAAGAACAAAUAGCCAAGUUGAGAAAAGUUCUCGAGAAAGACAAAUUAUGUUCGUCUGACGAAAGUUUAAAGGAGGACGCAGUGAUAGGAGAUACCAAAGAAAUAAAAACAAUGUAUUUUUGUCAAAAGUGUCCAGCAAGAUUCUUUUCCGAAAAUGAAUUAAGAAUUCACGAUAAAUUUCAUGACUUGAUUUUCUUGCAUAAAUGUAAAAGUUGUGAAUUUUCUGUGCCCCAAGAGAAUGAACUGAAUAUGCAUAAUUGUGUUCACACAGAUGAAUACAACACCAAAACAAAAAUGCUGAAAUUUAUGCAUAAAAUUAAUUCAGUACAUAAAGAGCCACGUACUCAAUUAGUACACUGUCCAGUAUCCUCUGAGGGUACUUGGGUGGUUGCUAAUCCAGGUAAAAAUUUUCAAAUCGUCGAAAAUAAUCAUAAAAGGCAAGGUGAUCAAAAACAUGGUCCCAAGCAGUAUUACUGCAAAGAAUGUCCUGCAAAAUUCUUUAAAAGUUCUGCUUUAAAUUACCAUGCUGGGUUACAUGGGGCAGAAGGUGACCAUAAGUGCAAAAAGUGUAGUUAUACUGUAAGGAAUAUCGGAAAUCUUGCUAAACAUGAACUUUUGCAUGAAAAAGAAAGGAAGCCCUCAGGUUGUGAAUAUGAUUCUGGGGAUGAUUUAGAUUUUAAAAACAUACCUUUAUCAGGAACAGACUUAUUUCAAAGAAAAACCGAAGCUCAAAAACGAGUUCUUACUGAUAAGGAUAAACUUGUAAAGCCGAAUGAUCACUUCCCACCUGUCUUACAAGCUGACCCACAAUUUGGAUACCUAAUGCAUGGAAACCCAGAGUUUAUUUAUCCAACAUAUUUAAAAAAUGGCCGCCAAAAGGAAAAAAGAUACAAAUGCCAUAAAUGCCCAUCUGCAUUCGAGAAAAGAGAACAAUACAAAAUACAUCUUUCACUUCAUGGUUCUAAACAACGAUACAAAUGUGAAAUUUGUGACUAUUCAGUUAAAUAUUAUGCUAACUAUGUACAGCAUAUGCGAAAACAUCAAAUGAAUGAUGAAGCUCUGGCUGAAAGAAAAAAGGGUAGUAAUGGAUUAAAUGAAACUGAACAUCAAGAAAAUAAACAAGGUAUUAAAAGUGAAGCUGUUACACUUGCAAUUAAAACCAUGCCAAAGAGAGUGAAAAGUGAUUUCCAGCAGUUUUCGAUAAGUGAUCAACAAACUCUUCGUUUAUUACAACGAAGACGAUCAUUUACGAAUAAUGCUAAUGAAACAAAUGCAACUGACCCAUCGCCAACAAAAGAUAGAAAGUUGCUUUUGUGCAUGUUAUGUCCUUAUACUAAUCAACGUCAAGAUGCGCUACAAAAUCAUUACAAGCGGCAUGACGAAUCGGAUUCCUUUAUAAGUGGAAAUAAUAAAUGCUCAUUUUGUGAUUUAGUUGUAGUCCAAUCUCAUUUUCUAAGGGAACAUCUUAAGACCCAUUUUAAUUAUAUGAAAAAUAUUUCACCAGAAUGUUAUGCUGCUAAUGAAGGUGUAGGUUUCUCGUUUACUAAAGUGGAUGAAGAAGAUUGUAAGCCCACAGAGCUUAAACUUAAAACAAAAAAUAACGGACUUUUGUGCAAUGAGGAUAAACUGUAUGUGAAAAUUGAAACAGGCGAAUUUCACGUACAAUCUUAGAAACAAUGUCCAGUUUAUAUAAUCUAUAUAUGCCUAUCUAUUUAACUAGUUACUUAUAUACCUACUCAUUUAAAAAAUAAGUGGCUGAAAUCGAAAUUAUUUGACAAUUGUAUAAUAUUUGGGUAGGCACGUUGAAAAACUAAUGAUGAAUGAACCUAUUUAAAGAAUUAUCCUAUAAUAUAAGACUAGUUGGAUAAAUUUUUAAAUAGGUACCUAUACAUUUCGUGUAUAUAUAUUUAAAUUGGCAUAAUGUAAUGCAAUACCCUCAAUGUGUAUACUUACUCUAUAUUAUGUGUAGGUAGUGAACACAUUUUAUGUGCGUUCAUUGUAUAGGUAAUAUCCUAAAUAACAUAACAAUCAUUAGGUUCCAUAAGAACAAAGAUUUUCAACAUACCACAGACCAUUAUAUGUACCUAAUCCAGAACAUUUUAUACUCCAACUAAAGUACCUACUUCUAUGCUACCUAUUAAAAAUAAAGAAUUUUGAAUGUAAGUAUAUACUGUAAUAAUAAAACUAUUUUACUCACAUAUUUGCCAAAGUUGUGACUUGCCAUAUUAGGUUAUUAAUAACUACUUAGUUGGAUCAUUUGAUACUUAAUGUUUUUAAAUUCUGGCCAGUAACAUUUAUAUAUAAAUAGAUACAAUUUGUGUGUGAUCGUACAGUUCAGGAAACUUUCACAGCCAAAUCAAAUAGCAUAAUGUAUCAAUAUAAUGAUUACCAAUAAAUAUUAUGUAUUAUCAAUAGGGGACCAUUUGUUUCACCUGGCAAUAUAUUGGUGUCAUAAUCAUCUAAGGUAUAAUACUAGAAAUGGUUUUUAGUUUAAUGUAGGUACAUGUAUAUAAAUGUAUUCUCAAUAUAGAUAAUAGAUUAUAAUAUGCACAUGUUAAGUUAGUUGUUUGCAUAGCUUUAAGAACUUAACUCUUUUGUUAGGUACUACUUCAUACGAUGUAGUGAAUCAAAGGAUCCAUAUUAUUUUAUGCUUAGAUAAUUUAUAUGUUUAGAUAGACUGUGAUAACGUGAGGCUGACAGUUAAUAUCUAUUUUGAGCAAUGCACACGCCCUAACACAAAGUGACAUACAAAUAGCUAGUGUAAGACAUUGCUUGUCACAUAUACUAAAGUGUUAAACCAGGUGUGUUUCAUCGGUUGUCUAGUAGCAAGAGGCUCUAUCUAGACAUAUAAAAUAUCUGACAUUUUAUGUAUACCCAUUAUAGUCUUGGCUUAUUCGCCUGGAAGCCAGAUUUAACAUUGAAGGUAAAUAUCUAAUUUCAUGUGAUUAGAAUUGUGUGACUGUGAUAGCUUUAGAAUAUUUUCUUUAUUUGGUUGUCGAAAUUAUAGCUUUUGAGGUGUACAUAUAUCAAUUUUAUUAGAAUAUUUUCCGUCGCUAUUUAUCCUAGCAAAACAAUUUGCAGAAAAUGUCUUAAGAUAAAAUGGGAGAAUUAAGAAUCUCAAAAACGAGGUCAUAUAUUGAGUUGGCAUACAAAAUCAUGCUAUUUAGAAGAGUAAUAAAGUAUGUAACUUAGUAAAGUGUUAAAACAUAAAGGAAUUAGUGUUUUGUAUGUAGGUACAUUAAAAAAAAAUUAGUAUUUUGUUGACCAUCACUUUUUUAAGACUAGCUAUCUGUUACUCACCAAUCAUAAUUAGUUUACAUGAUGUUUAAAGCUAUUCUUUAUAUAGCUAUUCUACAUAUAUAUAAGUUAUAUAAAGUUUUGUCAAGGAAUGAGAAUCAAAUACAUGCAGUAUUUUAAUUUAAUUUAUUUAAGUUAUCUUCACUAAGCAGUCUACACUAUGACCAUUACAAUAUUAGACCAACAUCAUUUUAUAGAGCUAUUAUAUUAUCUUAGUUUCAAAAGCGCAAAUUUUUUGUUGCACUCUGCUAGUAUCAAAAUAUGAAAGCCAAAAAUAUAUGUAUAUUGAUUGUGUCACUACAAUUUUAUUACCUUAGAAUAUUGUGCCGAGAUACAGCAAGAAAAUUAUGAAUUAUGAGAAACCUCUAGACAUGUAGUUAUGAACUAUAAUAGCAAGUGGAACACACCUUAUCUCUAAGCAGACAAUAAAAUGAUGACAUAUUAUAGAUGUCAAUAUAGACUAUUCCUUUAGUUAUCCUUAUUGUUUAGAGCAUACUAUGUGUAAAUAAGAAAGUGUCUAAAUAGUUUCAAAUAUAAAAUGUAACUCGGUCCUAAAGGACACAUUCCCUUUGUAUUUUAAAAUGUUCAAAUAUAUGAUUAUAGUACUAUGA